GGUUGUGGAUGUAGGGGGCGGGGGGCGACGUUAGCAGAGAGCGGAGGUGGUGUAGUUUGCUAAAGAGGAAAGCGGGGGGCUCGAAGGGAAGCCAGAAGGGGCGACAUGACACCGACACCCGGCCGAACCACGCAGGCCGCGCCAUGCGAGCCCCCGACGCGGGCAUGACGACGUCGGCUUCAUGGUGACCGCCGCAGCUGCUCUCGCUGGCUCCACAAGCUUCUCGACCGCAACUUGGCCGCAGAGGGUCCGCGGGGAAACAUGGCCGAAGGGGGACCCGCCAGGUCCACUGAGCAGGAGGAGCGGACUCGACCCCACGUCCGCUCGGGAUCGGGCUUCUGCAAAUGGUUCAACGUCCGCAUGGGCUUUGGAUUUAUCUCCAUGACCAGCAGCGAGGGGACCCCCGUCGACCCCCCCCUGGAUGUUUUCGUGCACCAAAGCAAGCUGGUGAUGGAGGGCUUCCGAAGCUUAAAGGAGGGCGUGCCAGUGGAGUUCACCUACAAAAAGUCCUGCAAGGGCCUGGAGUCCCUGCGGGUGACCGGACCGGGCGGCGGACCCUGCGCUGGCAGCGAGAGGAGGCCCAAAGGGAAGGUGCCGCUCCAGAAGCGCAAACCAAAAGGAGACCGCUGUUACAACUGUGGAGGUCUGGACCAUCACGCGAAGGAGUGUAGCCUGCCCCCCCAGCCAAAGAAAUGCCACUACUGCCAGAGCAUCACGCACAUGGUGGCCCAAUGCCCCCACAAGGCGCUGGCGCCCCCCGCGGGCUCUCAGGACCAACACGCGUCUACCUCGGCCUCCAGCCCGGGGUCCUCGGCCUACCUCGGCCCCCCAGAGGAUGAGGAUCGCCGCGGCGCCUCUCCCUUGGGGGGCUCGUCCUCAUCCCCGGAAGAGCCCAACAGUCAGCGCGGUCCCCGGACCCGCAGGUGGAGGAAAUCCUAGAAAGACCCUCGUCCUCGACUCCUCCCCUCGCUUCAUCUACCUCACGCCUGUGACAAAAUGGGAGGGCUUCAUUUCGACAACUUUUUACGCGUGUCUUAUGUUAUUGUCCACCCAUGCAGCUACGGCAACCACCCGACGGGUGCGGACGUGUGGGCCUACCUUGCGGCCGUGGCGGUCGGUGCUGCGGGACGUCGACCGCAAGGGGGCUGAUCUGGCAUUCAAUCAGUGCAGCUCAGGAGGCAAAACAUGCACGGAUCAUGGUUUGAUUUGCUCUUUCCUCCUUACACAUCUCAGUGUUAUUUUUACAUUUUUAUUAAGAUUAUCUUUUUUUUUUUUUUUUUAAACAAUGUAAUCAUGCCCAAUUUCUCCAUUUUUAAGCACAUAUUUUAAUCAGGGUUUUAGGGGAGGAUGUUUAAAUUGUCGCAACUUGUAAACUAUCGUCCGCACACGAAUGCUCUCUGCAACUGUCCCCCCCCCCCCUCCCCCCCAAAAAACGCUACUACCACAUUUUGGAUUGACAAACGAGUUUCUAUACUCACCCGCCCCACAACAUUGCGUCGACGUGCGCAAUCUAAUAAGGUCUGAUACAAGACACUUUUCAGAAAAGACGAUAUUCGGGAACCACAGUUUGGACUUUCACAAAUUUGCCGAUCAUUUUGGGGAUAACUUCCCCAUUUGUUGAAAAUAUGCACUGUGCAAAAAUGGGGACAGAUGGAAAAUGCUUUACCGUUAUUUUACGCACGAUAAGGCGCUUCAGAGUAUCAGGCCCACCUUCAUUGAAUGUCCUAUUUCAGAACUCUUGUCCGCCUGUGCCUCGCCGCUUUCUAGCUCGUGACCUCGGCGCACUCCUCCGACCAUAUUGAAUGUGAAAUAAGCAACACACCGCGCCUCCCCGAGUCGAGUUACAGCUUUUGUCCAAUCAAACCACUAUGACGACGCUCACGCCAGCGCCCGGUUGUGUGUCGUUAACGCCAACCACCAACAAACUGCGUAAUUCCUCGCAAAAUAGCGGCAAGUAGUGGCCGCGUCGGAGGCGCCGGCUGCGCCAUCGGCUUGAAUAAAACGAACGCCUUACCUCAAAUAGGUGCCUCAUUUUCUCCGUUCUCCCGUUAGGUCAGGUUUUUCCCAACUUGGAAUUUCAGCGGAAGACAAGUCAAAAAAAUUGUUUUUUUUUUUUUGCAAUGAAAUGUUGCAAACACGGAAUCAGGAAAUAAUUUGUAGAAAAGGCGUUGAAGACUAAUCCAGGCAUUUUCGGACAUCUUAAGGAGGCUGACAUUUGAUGUUGUGACGCCCCCUAAACCGUCGACUGAAACUGGCAUCAAAGUGCCCGGCUGGGCUUUCCUCGCAAAUGUCACAUGACCAAACCCAGGAAAGACGCCAUCUUGUUGCGAUGAAAAUUGACCAAAGUCAGUCGAUAAUUUCUGCGAAUUUGGAUCAUGCCAAACGGCACUGGAGACAGUUUUUGAGCUCGCAAUAUAAAGGGGGAAAAAAAAACGGACCACUGUGCUCCGAUAUAAUCAUAAAAGGAACUAUAUGAGGAAAUUUAUUCCGAAGUAUUUGUAUCCCAAAGAGUUUGGCUUUAUUCUAUGUCGAAGGCCUUUCAAAUCAAAUGAUUUGUCAAAGGGCUCUCUAACCUUUCUCGUUGAGGAUUUUUAUUUUAUUUAUUUUUUUUAAUGUCCAACUGUUAUUUUGAAUGUACGCCUCAUGAUAUCAAUGCAAAGUACCGAUGAAUGACAAAACCACGCAAAGAACAGCCUGUGCUCACGUGUGGCUGCCAUCCACCUCCUUUUUUUUUU